AUGCAGGAAGUCAUUGCUGGGUUGGAGAAAAUCAUCUUUGAUCUUGAGGAUGAUGUGGAGAACCAGACGGGUAUUGGGUUCCUGCCCUUCCCAGGAAUGGACAAAUCAGGGGUGGCUGUAUGUACCUUCUUUCUCAAAGGUCUCUGUGAGAAAGGCAAGCUCUGUCCGUUCCGGCAUGAUGAUGGGGAGAAGACGGUGGUGUGCAAACACUGGCUGCGGGGUCUUUGUAAGAAGAGCGACCAGUGCAAAUUUCUGCACCAAUACGAUACCACCAGGAUGCCCGAGUGCUACUUCUAUUCCAAAUUUGGAGAAUGCUGCAAUAAAGAAUGUCUUUUCCUUCAUGCUGACCCAGCCUCCAAGAUCCAAAAUUGUCCCUGGUAUGAUCAAGGUUUCUGCAAGUAUGGUCCUUUGUGUAAAUUCCGUCAUAUGAGAAGAGUGCUGUGUACCAACUACUUAGCUGGCUUCUGUCCAGAGGGACCUGGUUGCAGAUUUGCACACCCCAAGAUGACACUGUUACUUCGUAAAGCAAGUCACUCAAAGAAUGUAAGUCAACCACAAGGGCCAACAAAACUUGAUUCCAUUGUAGAAACAUCUGAGCGUGGUCAGCAAGAGAGCCCACCAGCUGAAGUCUCCAGCAAGCCCACUGUGUCUUUUGCAACAGUUCACUUGCUUUAGGCGCAGAGGAAGGAGCCAUUAUGAUAACAAGGGCGACAAGAAUCAACCAACAGUAUUCUUCAGAAAAUAACAGAAUAUCUGGACGGCUGGAAGACCUUUUUGGCAAACAUCCCCGGGGGUCACAGCACAUGAGAUACUCACUACAAGGGAACUUACCUAUUUAAUGUUGAAAGUAUUGUAAUUUAAUGAGGAAAACGCACUGAAGCCUGAAUAGCAUGAGGUAAACGCUUCAUCCUAUUCUCUUAUCCAAUAAAUGAGUGAACCUCAAGCAGAAA